UUUAUGAUGAUACAAGAAAAUAAAGAAUUACCUGCUGAGUUGGUAGACCUUUAUGAGGUUUCAUUUAUUUCACAAAUACUUGAAGAUCUUUUAGCUGAAGAGAUGCUUAAAGACAAUGAUUAUGAUAGCAAUGGUGAUAAUACAAAAUUGAGUAAUGAUACAAGUAUUUUUAAUGAAGAACAAAUCGAAUCAAAUAUUACA